UUCAACUGCCAGCAGCCGCCCCUUCUUUCAUCUCGCUCUGCGUCGCUGCACGGCCAUCGCUAACAACAGCCAGCAAUUGCCCAACCAUACCCACCUCCUCUUUCAGUUACCUCUCUUUCAUUCUCUCUCCCCUCUCCAACACACCCCUUUCGUUUUUUCUGAUUAGUUUCUUCUCUCCGCUCCGGCGACCAGCCCAUGUUAAUGGUAAGAGGUGAUUUAUAGGUGAUAAGAUUUAGAUUUGGCUCUGGAGAUAUUUAAUAUUGCACUGCUCCACCUUUCCUUGGAGCUAGAAGUUGAGGAUGGAUUCAUCAUCAGUUGGUAUGAAGGGAGAAGAGGAGGACAACGUUGGAGCAGAAUACAACAGCAGCAGCGUCAAGAAGGCAAAGCUGCUCUCGACACUAGCCACCCUCCUCGACGAUCCUGUACUCACAGAUGUACCCAGAAAACCGACACUUUCAGAUGUGGACACUCUCAUCAGCUUAGAACUUGGCAGUGCCAUGCGCAUCGCCGUCCUUAAAUUGGACAAUACUUCUCUUGAUGUGGCGGUGAUGAAUUCUGGGACGGUGAAGGAUUUGAAAUUGGUAAUCAAAAAGAAAGUUAACAAUGUGGAGGAGUCUAUGAUGGGCCAUCGCCACAUUUCUUGGAAACAUGUUUGGGCAAACUUUUGCUUGGCGUACCAAAAUGAGAAACUACUCCAUGACAAUGCCGCUCUUCAAGAUUAUGGCAUACGCAAUAAUUCUCAGGUUCACUUUGUUCCCUAUGUCAUGUCAAGGGCUUCUCAAAGACACUCGAGGAGGAGAAGACACCGUUUCUUUCAUGCUCUUUAAUAGAUAGAUGUGCACGAACAAAUAUUUACUUGCUCCAACCAUGAUGCUAGGUUUUGGUGGUUGUAAAAUGGCCAAAGAUUUCAUUGUAUACAUCCAAACUCUUUGUAGAUAAGCUUUUGCUUCUUCUUGUACUUGUGGCACUGUUAGUAUGAAACUAUUCCUUGAUUAAUUGAAUUUGAUAUGAUGUUAAAAUUAUACUUUGUUUCCAGUUUGAAUUCCUGAUGGAUAAGAAUUUGUUGUU